AUGCCUGAAGCACAGAUGUCCAUUUUGCCUGGGUCCAGGGGACAUGGAGAUGGUACAGUGACCAGUGCCUUACUUUGCUGGGCUAUGACUCUUGUGUUUCUUACACUGACAAGUGUGCCUGUUGUCCAAGGUGAUUGUUGGCUUAUUGAGGGGGAAAAGGGAUUUGUUUGGUUGGCAAUCUGUAGCCAGAACCAGCCACCAUACGAAAAUAUCCCACUGCAUAUUAAUAGCACCAUCGUUGACCUGCGACUCAAUGAGAACAAGAUUCGAACCAUUCACUUUACUUCCCUGAGUCGCUUUGGCAAUCUUACUUACCUAAAUCUGACUAAGAAUGACAUCUCUUACAUAGAAGAUGGGGCUUUCUCUGCUCAGUUCAAUCUUCAAGUGUUACAGAUUGGCUUUAACAAGCUAAGGAACUUGACUGAGGGCAUGUUAAGAGGUUUGGGACGCCUACAAUAUCUUUAUCUUCAGGCUAACCUUAUAGAGACUGUAACAGCAAAUGCAUUCUGGGAGUGUCCUGCUAUAGAAAACAUUGACCUAUCUAUGAACAGGAUUCAGCAACUUGAUGGUGCUACAUUUCGUGGUCUGUCAAAGUUGACAACGUGCGAGCUCUAUGCAAACCCAUUCAGUUGCUCAUGUGAGCUACUGGGAUUCCUGCGUUGGCUUGUGGCAUUCCCAAACCGGACAAGUGAGCGAAUGGUGUGCGACACACCUGCUGGCUUUUCAGGCUAUAACCUCUUAAGUCAGAACCCCAGGAUGCCAAGAUUUCUGAAUGCUUUCCAUGCACUCUCCUCUGUCUGCACUGAUGACAACGUAACUCCAUAUUUUCAUGGAUCUUCAGAUGGGAGCACUCCCACGAUGCUGCCAGAUUUGAGCCCCUGUGGAUUGGAUGAUUGCUCUUCAGGGACAUUUCCAGAGGAGUCCAUAAGCAUCACCCCAAUAGUUUUGGAUCCAGAUGCCCGUCCUAUCAUGAAAAUAAAAGAAGUGACCCACACAAGUGCAAUAAUCAUGGUCCAGAUUCCAAAUCCAUUUCGCAAGAUGUACAUCCUUGUCCUUUACAAUAACAGCUUCUUCACGGACAUCCAAAACUUGAAGAGCCAGAGAGAAGAAAUCGAGUUGCAAAACCUCAAAUCACACACUAACUACACAUACUGUGUGGCAUCCAUACGUAACUCCUUGAGGUUCAACCAUACCUGCCUGACAAUUUCCACUUUUCCAAAAACUUUGCAAGAACAUGUGGCAAAUGAAUCAACUGCUACUCACUACAUUAUGACCAUACUUGGUAGUCUAUUUGGAAUGCUCAUUGUGUUGGGCAUGGUGUUCCAUUGUGUGAGAAAGCGCAAACAGCAGGACGAACCAAAAAGCAAGAAGCUUGAAAAGAUGAAAAGAAAUCUGAUCGAGAUGAAAUAUGGCACUGAACUGGAACAAGGGACCAUUUCACAGUUGUCACAGAAACAAAUUCUGUCCACUGGUGAUACGGUACAAAGAAUGCCAUACUUGCCAACUGCCAGUGACAAGGACCAGUAUAAACUGCAAGAGAUCUCUGGCACUCCUAAGACAACAAAAGGGAAUUAUAUGGAAGUAAGAUCAGAGCAACCAGACCGCAGCAUUAGGGAAUGUAAUGUUCCUCCAUCGGAAACCAGCCAAGGAUCUGUUGCAGAGAUAUCCACUAUUGCAAAAGAAGUGGACAAAGUAAAUCAGAUCAUCAACAACUGCAUUGAUGCCCUCAAAUCCGAUUCAACAUCAUUUCAGGCUGCAAAAUCUUGCAUGGUGUCCACAGCAGAGCCACAGUUAGUCCUAAUAUCAGAGCAUCCACCAGGAAAGUCUGAUUUUCUGUCUCCAGUAUACAAAGGAGGGUACCAUCAUCCCUUGCAGAGGCACCACAGUAUGGAUGCUCCACCAAAGCGCCCAAGUACGUCGUCAAGUGGUUCAUUACGCAGUCCUCGCUCUUUCCGCUCCGAAGGAGCCUACAGAACAGAAUCCAAGUAUACUGAGAAGACAUCUCCUUUAGAUGAGUCAGGAAUCAUAACAGUCACUCCAGCUGCUGCAAUCCUUAGGGCGGAGGCAGAACGGAUCCGACAGUAUAGCGAGCACAGGCACUCCUACCCUGGUUCCCACCAUAUAGAGGAGUCAAUAGAGGUAUCAGGGAGCCGGAAGUCAUCCAUUCUGGAGCCACUAACGCGCUCAAGACCACGUGAGCUGUCCUACUCACAUCUCUCACCACAGUACCAUAACCUGAGUGGCUAUUCCAGCCCUGAGUACAGCUGCAGGCCAUCUCUUAACCUGUGGGAACGUUUUAAACUCCACCGUAAACGCCACAGGGAUGAGGAAGAGUACAUUGCUGCAGGUCAUGCAUUGAGGAGGAAAGUACAGUUUGCUAAAGAUGAGGACCUACAUGACAUUCUGGACUACUGGAAGGGAGUCUCUGCUCAGCAGAAAUCGUGAUUGCUGUUUUUAUAGGUCAUCCAAUUAAAGUGACUGUUCAAAGGACAAUUUACCACAGAAGCACAACUCUAAUGGAUUUUAAACUAAUGACUUUUGGGGAAAAAGCUUGUGUUAAUGUUUUCUUCACUCUUUUUUUGUAAAGUUUACAGUUUCA